AUGGCUUUGGUAGGCUGCAUAUGGAUAGAAUGUUGUGCAGGACUAUCAUACGGCUUCAGCAUAUAUGCUGAGGCCAUGAAGACUUGCUUUGGCUACAAUCAGCAGCAGCUGGACACCAUCUCCGUUUACAGCAGCUUAGGGUUUUUGGGGGGCAUAAUCUCUGGCCUGAUAAACCAGUGCCUCCCAGCUUGGCUUGUUCUGUUCAUUGGAGCUCUCCACAAUUUGACAGGCUACGGGAUCCAAUGGAUGUUUGUAUCCGGAAGACUAGCAAUCCCUCCAUUGUGGGAGAUGGGUUUGUUUGCCUUUGUUGCCCGGAAUGGCCCGUUAUACUACAACACAGUCUCGAUGGUGACCUCUGUAAAUAACUUCCCAGAUAACAGAGGACUAGUGGUGGGUUUGAUGAAGGGAAGCGUCGGUCUAAGCAGCGGCAUUCUGUCAACAGUAUGGAAGGUAUUAUUUCCAAAUUCAGAUGGGUUUUCCUAUUUGUUAGUGACGGCCAUAGUCCCACCUACAGUGGCCUUUCUGGUCAUGUCAAUUGUGAAGAAAUAUGAACCAGUAAACUGUAAAAUUGGGUCUUCAAGAACAAUGAAAUACCUGGCCUUGGCGUCUGCACCCAUGGUGACUUUAGCAAUGUUUUUUAUGGCUUCCAGUUUCUGGGAUGGACAACCUUUGCAGGCGGAGGUGCAGCGGGUGGUGGUUUCUCUAUAAGCGGGUUUGCCUAUGUCUGGGGGCUUCUGUUAUGCUUCUUUGGUUAAAAUUUGGAAGGGAAUGUUCCCUGAUUUUUACUUGAAAAAAGUUUUGUUUAUUUUUUCAAUUGCAGAUUUCUCUUCUGCUCUUGGUAUAGGAUAAAAUGAUACAAAUGGUCUUUUUAUAUUUAUGACGGAGUACUGAAUUCACCAAGGAUGUCAGGGAUUUUGGAGAUUCAAUUCUCAGAUACCU